ACUGUCUUACAGGAAUCAGACACAGGUGACUUGUGUGAUACUGAGGAUGGAGAUAAUGAGGACAGAGAGAGACAUGAGGAGCUCCUCCAUGAUGCCGGAGGUCUGGAUAUGGCUGAGAUAUCACGUGGAUUACGUGCAUUGUCUGAAAUAAUAACGCGGUUUAAUGUACAUUUCUAUAUAAAGGAACCUGAAGACAUAUUACUGGAUGUAAACACAGCUCAAAAUAAUCUACGUAUCUCAGAUGACAGGAAAACGGCAUCCUGGACAGACGUAAACCAGAAGCGCCCCAAAACACCAGAGAGAUUUUUUGGUUAUGUUCAGGUGUUGAGCAGUCAGAGUUUCUCCUCCGGGAAACAUUACUGGGAUGUGGAUGUCGGAGUAUCAGAUCAAUGGAUAGUCGGGAUGUGUUACCCCAGUAUGGAAAGGAGAGGAGAGCCGUCACUUAUUGGAUGGAAUAACAAGUCCUGGACUUUGGUCAAAAAAGAUAACCAGUAUAUGGUGGUACAUGAAGGUAAAGGGAUCCGCUUACUCGGUAAUAUCAUCAGUACCAGAGUCAGGAUAUAUCUGGAUUACGAUGUCGGGAAGAUCUCCUUCUAUGAUCUGUGUGACCCGAUCCGAUACCUACGCAGUUACACCACCACCUUCACGGAGGCCCUCCAUGCUGGGAUAUGGGUAUGGACUGGAGGUGUAAUAAAGAUCUGUGGGGGGAAUCUGAAGAUGUGAGGAAUCUGCCCCAGAGACUUGGUGAUGUCAACCAAUUAGAUAAGACAGUGGGCGGGGCUUCGGUUAGUGUCCUGCAUGUUGUUCUAUAAAUAAAUAUAAGUGAGAUUUCCU